UAAUAAAGUGAAUAGGAAAAGGAUGGCGGAUUCAGAAGAACAGCCUCAUAACCCAAACAAAGUUUAUCCAGCUGUUGCGAUGUAUGGUCCAUGUACUGUUAGAGGCCUCAAGCAAGGAGAGACAAAGUUAUGGUGUGCCUGUGGUUUGAGUAAGAAACAGCCUUGGUGUGAUGGGUCUCACAAAGGUACUGGAAUCAAGCCACUGAAGUGGAAAGUGAACAAGUCACAGAGUCUGUUUGCCAUCUGUGCCUGUAAAUAUACCAAAGAUGCCCCCUUCUGUGAUGCCACUCACACCAACCUGCCCUGUGAGGUCGAGGCCAGACAGGAUAACUGUACCUCUGUUCACCUCUCUGACAAUAAACUUUGUACAGGCUGUGGAUGGGUGCCAGAUUUCUGAUAUCCCACCCACACUUCACAAAAAAGCAAAUUGUGUUUUGGCUGUGGGUUUGUGCAUGACUUCUGAAAUACAUGUACAAAAUGUACUACUUCAUUGACAAGAAGCUGUGUAAGCUGUGGAUGGAUGCCAUGAGUUCUGAUAAACCACCCAUGUUUCACCAAAAGCAAAUUGUGAUCUGUGGGUUUGUGCCUCCACUCACCAACAACAAAUGUUUAUUAGCUGUGAGUGGGUGCCUGACUUCUGACAUACUUCCUACACUUCACCAACGGAAAUUAUUACCCAAUAGUCUAUAUAAAUUAUAAUUAGUCAUUUUUGACUGUUUCUGGCCUUUUGUCCAAUUUCAGC